AUGAGAACUACACAGCCUUUGUACUUCAUUAAGUUCUUAACACUACUAACUGAAUCAACUUAUGUGUACCAAAACUCUGCCAGGUACGCCGAAGCAGCGGAGCUCCAGCUGGGUGCCACGAGGCACCUAGCAGACAGCACAGAGAUCUCUCCGGGACUCACCUACUUAGCCAACCGAUCUGCACAGCACCCCCAAGGCGGCACACUGGAUGCAAUAGAUGCACUGACAAAAGCAAUACGAGCGCGGACAAGGAACGCGGGAUACUCGCGCCUUCGUUCUCCGUCCGAGGCGCGCUCCAGCUCCCAGCACAAGACGCCGGCUCGCUUUCUGCACAAACCUGUUGGCUUCGCACCUGGUUCCGAGGGAAACAACUUUAUAGCUGGAAUGGAUUUGUUGCUGACAUCUCUGAAACAAUGUUGACAUUUUCUUCAAGUUGUAUGGAGCCUUUUCCUGCAAACAGUCCUGCAGAGAAGCAAAAGAAACCAGAUGAUUUGGGGACUGAAACUGAGCGAGUUGGAUCAAGGAGCCGCUGUUCUGGUGAUUCUCUGUUCCAGAGAACAACUACAAUUAGCCUUUCUUUAGACUCAAGCCAGGAGAAUGUCUGAGAUUUCAACUCCCUUCACUCCAUCAGUCGGAAGAUUGGAAACUCGAGGGGAAAAAAAAGAGCCCUUCAAUUUUAGGUUUGAAUUUUGUUUCUCUCUGUUUGAUAGCUGCCUGAAAAGCAGUAUUUGUGCCAUAGCACUACAACCGCAUUCAUCCUAGAGAUAUUUUAGAAAAUGAUCGAGACUAUUUAUUUAAUAGUGCUAUAAUGUAUAAGUGAGCCUGUAUUACUCAUGGUGAAUAUAUGCUUUGCUUUAUCCUCACGUCAGCAUAACCCUAUUAUUAUAAAUCAGAGGAUUUGACAGACUACUUCAGUCACAUCUUGCUCACAGCUCCCAUUGUUGGCUGUAACAUCCACAGCGUGCCGUCUGGAAAGUGAACGAACCCCAACAGAUUAUUUUACUUCACUUAACAACUGGGUGCAUCCUGCUGUAACAUCAAAGAUGUUUUACCUUUUUUGUUUUUACUAAUGAACUUACUAUCUUAUGCAAUAUCUCUGAAAUUAUAGUAAAUUGUUAGAAAAGCAUUUAAAACACUCACAAUUCACUAAUAUGUAAGCUCUUCAAAAGGAACUCUGCAAUCUUAUCUGCAAGAACUAAAUACUCUACUCAAGAAGUACAUUCCUUAUCUGCUGCUUGAACUAAGCAAGGGUGGGGACAUUUCUCAACCAAUCACCCAUUUAGAACAUUUCCAGUUGGAAUCACACCUGAUGGUUUUAUACUGCUGAGUAUAAUCGUGGUGAAGUAUAUUUCAUAACGAAACAAAAAUAAAGCAAACCUAAAUGUAAGCCGUUUUGACUGGUAA